AUGCUGUUUUCUGAUACUGUGAUCAAGUUUUGUACACAACCUUUUAUAGCAACAAUUUUAGAAGUAGAAAUGCGACAAAUAACCUCGAAAAAACUACAAAAUCUCUGGUCCAACUCAAAAUUUCCCAGACCUUUGAACUCAAGAUUGAAUGAUGUUUGUACAAUUUCUAGUCCUUCAAUUGAAAACAAUAAUACUGAUAAUUUUAACAUCAACACAAACAAUGUUAUUGAUGUGGAAGAUCAUAGUUCAUAUACUCAUACUAUUUUUAGUCACUCAAUACAAAUUGAAACUUUGAAAUAUUACUUUGAAUUCCAAGAAUAUCCUUAUACUUCUAAGAUUAGUACAGCUAGUGUAUGCAAUUUAUCAGGAUGGAAUCCUUCGGAACCCAAAGAAACAUUUAAAUUGCAUAACAUCCGAUGUGCAAUUGGGAAUCCUGGAAAAAUUACUACUCCUGGUUUGUUAGAAGAUAAACAUUCUUAUGUAAAUUUUGAAGAUGAUACAAAUAAAGAAAUUUUUUAA